AUGGUGAACAUGGAAAUAAAAAACCAAACAGAGAUUGCCGAAUUCAUCCUUCUUGGAUUUGGAGACCUCCAGGAUCUGCAGAUUCCUCUCUUCCUGCUCUUCCUAUUAAUCUACAUUGUGACCAUGGCUGGGAACCUUCUCAUAGUUUUGCUCAUUGUAGCUGACCGACAUCUUCACACCCCCAUGUAUUUCUUCUUAGGGAACUUGUCUUGUCUGGAAGUUUGCUACAGUUCAACAAUCCUGCCCAGAAUGCUGGCAAGUUUCCUAUCUAGCAAUACAAACAUUUUCAUUAGGAUGUGCAUCAUGCAAUAUUUUUUCUUUGGUGGCUUGGCUGGCACAGAAUGUUACUUACUAUCUGUAAUGUCUUAUGACCGGUAUUUAGCAAUAUGCAAACCACUGCAUUAUGCAGUACUCAUGAACAGCAGGACCUGUCGACAUCUGGCAUGUGUAUCUUGGUUAAAUGGCUUUUUUGCCAGUGCCAUGGUAACAUCAUUGAUGUCACAGCUGAUUUUCUGUGGUCCAAACAUAAUCAACCAUUUCUUUUGUGACUCAUCCCCAGUUCUAAAACUCUCCUGCAGUGACACACUACUGAUUUCUAUGUUGAUUUUCUUUCUAUCUUCUGCAUUUACUCUUCCUCCUUUUCUCCUGACUUUGACUUCUUAUGUCUGUAUCAUUUCUAAAAUCUUGAGAAUUUCUUCUGUAGCAGGGAGGCAGAAGACUUUCUCUACAUGUUCCACUCAUCUCGUUGUUGUGACCAUUUUCUAUGGGACGCUUACGGUGGUGUAUGUGCUACCUGAAGCCCAGGAGCUGAUCAAUCUGAACAAAGUCUUCUCUGUGUGCUACACCAUUUUGACACCUUUGGUGAAUCCUCUUAUCUAUAGCCUAAGAAAUCGAGAGGUCAAGGAGGCCUUAAGAAGAGUUCUUCAAAAGUGCCAGACAUGUAAUGAUCAGAAGUGA